CUUCGGUUUCUGCCCCCCCUCGUCUGUUGCUGGGCUGUCCCUCUUUUGAAAUUGGAAUACCCAUUUGAAAACAUAAGCCACUUCCACACACACACCCACUUGCAAAGCAAAAAAAAAAAGAAAAACCAGAACCAGCACCAACACCAACCAAAAACCAACAACUCACUUGAAAAGAACCAUCCAGCUCUGCUCGAUCAAUUUUACCCGAGAUGUCUCAAUCCAACGAAAUCAACUUCGGCCCAGUCUUCAUGAGAGGUAGAAAACCAGCACCGGUGUCCAAUAAGACUACCCCCAUCACCCAAAACCAGUUCAGCCAACCACAACGACCCAAUAGUAGUGGAACGACCCCUAACACGGUUCCCAAGACCACCAACCAAGCCCCAUCACUCGGCUCCUUCAGCCCAGCAAACAAUACUACCUCCUUACCUCUUCCUAAAUCUUUCUCUGCCGCCGUCUCCCCCGCUAAGGAAAUCGACCAUCGAGCUCAUCCCAAUGGGCUCCCAACCCAAGCCAAUCAUCACACCCAAGCCACCGAGUCGACCCCUCAACUUAACGGCCACAACCAGUCCUCAGAACCUGCCGAUUACUCUCGUGAAACGCUCCUCAACCUUUACUCCGAGAAUCUGGCCUCCAAACUACCACCGGAUCUCGAGAUCACCGAUCCUGCUGUUACUGUGGAAUUUGUAGGACCCCCGUUGGCUUUUAUCGAGAUGACGGAGACCGAAAAAGAAUUAUUUGCCGGCCCUUUCAAUAGUGAGAAACGUUCUGCAGUCAAUAAGGUCCAACAGCAUCACAGCAACCCCGACCAUCAUCUCGGGCUUCCUGGCUCCCCUGAAACGACUGUCAAUCAUGGCCUGGGUAACAAUAAAUUGUCUGUUGGAGGCCCUGUCAAACUUGCUAAACAAAAUCCGAUCGAGCGAUUCAAUAGUCUGGGAAUUCAGGGGGGCGUCCUCGCGGGCGUUGCUUCACCCUCUCAUGCUAAUGCUAGACGACGAGGUGAUAAUGAACUCGAUUCCAAUGAGAGCCCCCGUCGUUUCCAGCGCACCGAGGAUUCAUCGCCGCAUGCCCCUCCUUGGAGCGCGACUCCUCGUGAUCGCCGGACUCGCGACUUGGCCCCACCUUCGGAUGGAAAGUGGAAGAGAGGGGUCUCCUUCGAGGAAAAGAUCCAGGCUUCACAGGACAGUCCGGGAGGUACCAACUUGAAAUACUCAGUUUUAGACAAGAUGCGUGAGAGGGCUGCUGGCAAUCUCGAAGCAUCGUCCAAAGAAGCCUCUCAUGAAACUUAUCAGUCAACACCUCCCACGGGCGAUCAACCCUCAGGAGAUCCUCAGCUUUCCUUGCAUACGGGUAACCAACCUCCUAGGCAAUUCAGUGAAGAUUAUGCUGCUGGGCGCAGCUUCGACGAUAAUCAGCCUUCCCCGUCGCCGGUCAAAGCAGAUUCUGGCAGCAACCAUCAACUUUCCACCAGCGGUCCCACCCCGUCCCCCGAUGCGAGAUCUUCAGGAACUCAACCCGCUCCUAGUAGCGAUCAGAAUCCUGAAAACAUCGCCUGGCAAUAUCGCGAUCCAUCUGGUACCGUCCAAGGCCCCUUUACGGCUUUCCAGAUGCAAGAGUGGUACAAGGCAACGUUCUUCCGCGACGAUCUGUUGGUCAAAAGAGUGAUUGAUGGAGCGUUUGAGACUUUGGAAACCUUGAUCCUGCGGGUCGGGGAUCGUGAUCGACCCUUUUUAUCCCGUCCUCCUCCUGCCCUACCCCCCAAUCUUCCGCUACCAGAGGCCCAUUCUCACAAUCAUCAGCUCCCCACCUCACAGCCUUCCCCCAGGCCACUAUCCAGUUUCUUAGACCAAGCUUCGAGUCUUCCGCCUCAGACAGAGAACUCAUCUGCUGUAGAUUCCACACUUCUAUCUAAUUCGGCCCGUGCGCCCAGCCAACAUGUUCCCAUCUCCGCCCCUGAUCCUUGGAAUGGUAUGGCCCCCGGAGCAUCACCUCUGCUGCAUCCCGGAAAUAUCCCAGCGUCAACGCCUUUGGCCUCGGGGCCUGGAUGGAACUCUUCCCUACCAGCAUUUGCUGCUCAUCCCAACCUACGAGCCAAUGACUAUGUCAUUAAUGAUGGAUUGGUCGAGUUCAACAAUCUCAACUUGCUUAACAAUGGCAUCAUACCCAACUUGCCCAAUGGCUCCUACGUAUCUCAGGAUACUUUUCGCUUUCUCCAACACGCCCAACAUCCCGCCAUGUCUAUGGCUACCGCAAAUGGUUAUCCUUUCCCUUUGCCCUUACCUCAACCCCCCAACUUUGGUCAGAUGCCCUCGAUGCCCCAUUUAGGUUCUAAUUCUGCGAUGGACCCGCUCCUCGUGGCACAGCUUCACACUCAUCUAUUUCAUUCACUUCUGAACAACCGGGCACCUACUGGAGGCGAGGGAAUUGAACCCCAAACCGAGCGACCCAGUCAUGAGAACCCCAUGCCUCACUUACAGCACGUCGAUCCCUGGCAAGUGUCACCGCCACCUCCUAAUGACUGCUCGGUUGAAACGUCCGACCGGAUUCCUCUUCAACCUAUGGCUAUGGCCUCAAAUCCCAACCAAUCCGCUUUCCCUGCAAAGCCAGACGAGGCCAAAAUUCACGAGUCGCCAUCAACUCUUCAAAAGAGUGAUAAUAUCCGUCCAUCCGGUCAAUAUACGCCUGCCCCAACAUCUUCUGAACUGAAACUGUCGGUGCCUGACCAGACUCAUACCAAGUCUUCUAAGUCCCAACCAGUCUCAGCAGUUAAUUCCGAGAAAGAAGUUAAGACUUUCCCUGCGACCGAAGGUCAAACGGCACCUGUCACUUCAUCUUCCAACACUGUUUCUCACGUCUCUGUUGAGAAGGAACCUGUUGGGCCAGCCACCAUUCCUACCCAAGCACAAGUCCCGACCGAAUCUACUCGCGACAGCUUGACCCCCCAAUCACCAAGUACAGCCUUGCCCGAAGGUGAAUCGACCUCUGACCCUGCCAAUUCAAAUCAAUCUUGGCGAAACGUGAAUCAUCAAACGGCGGCCAAGCCACCCAGCGUUCCCCGCACCACAGGAUCCAUUGUCCCACCCGCUGCCAAAUCAUCGGGCAAGGUUGUCGUUCUGAGCAAAGCACAACAGGAUGAACAAGACCGACGGACAGCAAGUAUUCAAAAGGCACAAUUGCAAUUGAAAGAAGCCCAAGCAGUCGAACGCGCUGCACGAGAAGCUUCAGAGGCAGCAGCAGCAGCCACUGCGUCUUCUUUCAACACACCAGCGCCAUGGUUGAAAGAAGAGAAGGUUUCGACGAACUUAUCCUUAACGGAGAUCCAAGCGAUCGAAGCCAAACAACUCGAAAAACGACGACUAGCCGAGAAACAAGCAGCGGCUAACCGAGCUAUGGCCGAACAAGCCAUGGCGGCCGAACGAGCCAUGAAGGCUGCUAAGGAGAGCUUACCCGCGACCUCUAAUUGGGCAGCCACAGCCACAUCCUCUUCUCCCACCAAACAGUCCGUCACCGGUACCGUUUGGGGCUCCAAAGAAACCGAGACUCCUGCAGCCAUCAAUGGGCCUAAGCAGAGCAUGAAACAGAUCCAGGAAGAAGAGGCCCGCAAGAAGAGUCUUGCUCUCCAGCAACAGCAACAAUCUAGACCUGCUGCAGGUGCUAUAAAAACUGUGGGCGGUUAUGCGGGCACUGUAGCUUCAGCUUCGAAUAAGCCUGCAGUGAGUGGACCAUGGGCGGUAGUCGGACCUAAGAGUAAGGUGAUUGCGCCCCCGGCAGCAGCGCCUGGUCGACCAGCAGUGGUGGGAGCCGCACCGACAGUAGUCGGAUCAGGUGUAGCUCGCGUUGGCGGCUCAGUCGGGACAACUCUCUCCAAACCAGCCCCAAAACCGAUCAGCGUCAGCAAACCUGUCACCACUACUACUGCAACCAAAUCGAAUCUUUCUGGGCCUCCUUCGGCUACCAAUGGAACCCCUGGCGUCGCGAAUUCUGCCCCUAAUCCUGAUAGUCCUCCUCCCGCUUCGCCGGAAUUUAUGAAAUGGUUACGUGAAGCUUUGAGAGGGAUGAACAAUGUGGAUGAUUUUGUGAAGAUGUUAUUAGACUUCCCAGUGAAUCCCGACGAAUCAGUUCUAGAGAUCGUCUCGGACAGUGUUUAUGCAGGUAGUGCGACAUUAGAUGGCCGAAGGUUUGCGAAAGAGUUCAAUGCGAGACGUAUAGCAGAUGUGGCAUCACGAAGCAAUACGAGCACUUCGAGCGGUGUGGGCGGGAACAAGGGUGGAGGGAUGAUGAAGAUGGCGGGCAACUCGAAUGGAUUGUCUGGUUCGAAUCAUCCGAGCCUUCUUGGCCAUCAUCAUUCAAUCAAGAAAUCGGCCGGCUAUCUCGCCCAUUCCAUCCCUAAUCAUCCCUCGUCUUCUUCAUCCCCUGGAUCAAUGGCUGAUGCGCUCAAACUGCAACCCCCUCCUCCUAAAAAUGAUGGCUGGGGCUUCGCUGUCGUCGGCGCCAAGAAAAAGAAAAAAUGAACUCAAUCCUUUUUUCAUCAUCAUCAUCAUCAUCAUCACUCUCUCCUAGAUUCUUUUGAUAUAUAGAAUUUUAGAAGAAGAAAAAAAAAAGAAAAGGUUCAAUCACUUUCAAAUUUCAAAAACAUUUCAAAAAACAGAGAUCAUUUUGAUUUCAUUUUCAUUCAUCAUUCAUUUUUUUAGAGCAAGUUUCAUUUUUUUUUUGUCUCC